GCCGCUGCGUGGCCGCUUCUAGCUUCUCGUUCAGAGCGGCUGCUCGUUCCAGCAUGUCUAACUUGACGUCUAGAUCUGGAUUUGCGGUAUGGGUACCGUGUGGCUGUGGUGUGCUUGGUUGACGAUCUGCUCGCCGUUAGUAUCACCCGUGUGCUUUCGUUCCAAUCGCUAUGAGUUCGGGAGUAGGAAGGAAUGCUGCAUGCUCACCCUCCAGAAGCUCGUGUCGAACCUCCACCGCCCUUCGUGAGCUUGACUCACAUCCCCAAACAAAGCCAGGCCCGAGGCCGAUAGGCGACACUUCGCGCGGAAAUGCGUCUUGGUGCCGAAGCGUAUGCAUUGUGCGAUCGUG